AUGAACGACGCCCUGAGAGCUUCACAAGCUAUUGAUAAGGGUGCAUCAUCUCCAUCACCCACCCCAAGGCCAACCCAUCACCAUCUCACGGAGCUCCAGCGCAAUCGUCGCCUGAACAAUCGCUCAGCUCCACCCAGCUCCCUCAAUCGAUUGAAACAGACCGGCAAGCACGCCCUCGACAACACUUCAGGACAGCCCACUAUGGGUGGCGGCAGAGAACUCAAGAGCAAGAGCGACUACCCAGCUCUGGCCCAGCGGCCCGUCGGACAAUGGAUCUCCAAUAUCUACAAGGAGAGAAUUAACCAAUUCUACUCCAGCGGACAAUGGGAGAAAUACAACCUGCUGGCGAUGAUGACGGAGGGCACCGCGUCAGGCGAGCCUCAUGUCAAGCUGUCCGUCUGGGACGCUCCUGAUACCACUCGGCCGACGUUCGAAGACGCCGUAUCGCACGAAUUCAAAAAGACCGAGGUUGGCGCUUGGUUUGGACCGUCCUGGUCCACCCACUGGUUCAAGGUCGUUCUGACCGUACCAGAAGAGCUGCGUGACAAGGAGCUGCUUGAAUUGCACUGGGACGCCAACAAUGAGGGCUUAGUCUGGACUGAAGACGGCAAGCCGCUCCAGGGCCUCACCGGAGGCGGCGAACGUACGGAAUGGAUUCUGCCGAAGGAGUUUAAAGACGGCAAGGAGCACACCAUUUACAUCGAAAUGGCCUGCAACGGCAUGUUCGGCAACGCUCCCGGCGGAGAUUCUAUCCAACCCCCGGAUCCUAACAAGUACUUCCAGCUCGGUAAGGCCGACAUUGUCGCCGUCAACCCCCAGGCGAGAGCCCUCUGGAUCGACACCUGGAUCAUUGGGGAUGCUGCUCGCGAGUUCCCCAAGGAGUCCUGGGAGCAGCAUAAGGCCCUCAAGGUCGCCACUGAUAUUAUUGACGCCUUUGAGCUCGGCAAUAAAGACUCCAUUCUGAAGUGCCGAAAGAUCGCACAGGAGUACCUUGGUCCAGAUGUCGACUCUCACAAAGUCUACAGCACCGACAAGGACCACCAGGUUUACGGCAUUGGCCACUGCCACAUUGACAGCUGCUGGCUGUGGCCAUGGGCUGAGACGAAACGCAAGGUUGUGCGAUCUUGGUCUAACCAAUGCGAUUUGAUGGACCGCUAUCCCGAAUUGCACUUUGCGUGCUCGCAGGCUCAACAAUACAAGUGGCUCAAGGAGCUAUACCCCUACGCGUUCGAUCGCGUCAAGACGAAGGUCAAGGAGGGCAGAUUCCACCCGAUUGGUGGCAGCUGGGUUGAGCACGAUACCAAUAUGCCCAGCGGUGAGUCUUUGGUCAGGCAGUUUCUCUAUGGCCAGCGCUUCUUUGAAAGCAACUUUGGCGAGCGCUGCCAGACCUUCUGGCUCCCUGAUACCUUUGGAUACUCUGCCCAGCUUCCCCAGCUUUGCCGCUUGGCUGGAAUGAGUCGCUUCCUCACCCAGAAACUGAGCUGGAACAACAUCAACAAUUUCCCGCACACCACUUUCAACUGGGUUGCUCUUGACGGUAGCCAGGUCAUCUGCCACAUGCCGCCUUCCGAGACCUACACUGCCGAGGCCCACUUCGGCGACGUAAAGCGAAGUGUCAGUCAGCACAAGUCCAUGGACCAAGACCACACCUCACUGCUUGUCUUUGGUAAGGGUGACGGUGGCGGCGGCCCUACCUGGCAGCACCUUGAGAAGCUUCGCCGAUGCCGCGGUAUGUCCGAUCAGGUUGGCAUGCUGCCUAGAGUGCACAUGGGAAAGACCGUCGAUGACUUCUUUGACAAGUUGGAGCCCAAGGCCAAGACGUUCGUGACUUGGUACGGCGAACUAUACUUUGAGCUUCAUCGUGGUACCUACACUACUCAAGCUAACAACAAGUACAACAACCGCAAGUCUGAAAGCUUGCUCAGGGACAUUGAGUGGCUUGCCACGAUUGCCACUCUGAGCGACAAUGGAAAGGACUACAAAUAUCCCAAGAAGGAGAUUGACGAUAUGUGGGAGGCUGUCCUCCUCUGCCAGUUCCAUGACUGUCUCCCUGGCAGUUCCAUUGAAAUGUGUUAUGAUGACUCUGAUGAGCUUUACGACAAAGUGUUCAAGACGGGCGAGAAGAUCCUCAAGGAUCUCCACAACGUUCUCGGCGUCUCUACCACCACCACUGGUCGCAUCAGUGAGACCGUGGCCUUGAAUACGCUCCCUUGGCACCGAAGAGAGGUUGUCGAGAUUGCCGAGAACGAGGCUGGUGUGGCUUGCGGAGAUGGACAAAUGCUUGCCAUUCGCCCCUUCAAGGUCGAUGAGGAGAAGCCAGCUGUCACAAUCGAGGAGGUCAGCGAUGGUGUCUUCGUGCUGCAAAAUGACCAGCUCCGUGUCAAGGUCGAAGAUGGUUACAUCACCUCCUUGUAUGACCGCAUCGCUGAUCGCGAAGUCAUUGAAAAGGGAGGCAAGGCAAACCAGUACGUCGUCUUCGACGACAAGCCCCUUUACUGGCAAGCGUGGGAUGUUGAAGUCUACCAUCUUGACACCAGGAAGGAGCUCACCUGCGGGAAGACCUCCAUUUCCGAGCAGAAGUCACACCGUGUCAGCCUGACGACGGAGAUCAAGAUCAGCGAGCAAAGCUCCUUGAAAUCCACGAUUACUCUCUCAGCUGCUCUUAAGGGAGUGCAAUCAUGGGUUGAGUGCCACGCUGAAGUCGAUUGGCACGAGGCAAUGAAGUUCCUGAAGGUCGAGUUCCCCGUCGACGUCAGAAACACCGAGGCAUCCUAUGAGUCGGCAUAUGGCGUCGUAAGACGCCCUACCCACUACAACACAAGCUGGGACAUGGCCAAGUUCGAGGUCUGUUGUCAUCGGUUCGCUGACUUGUCCGAGCACAACUAUGGUGUUUCCAUCCUCAACGACAGCAAGUACGGAUUUGCCACCGUUGGCAACUUGAUGCGCCUCUCGCUUCUGCGAUCACCAAAGGCCCCUGACGGCAAUGCCGAUAUGGGCACACACCAAAUUCGCUGGGCCAUCUUCCCUCACGAGGGUAAUCUCAGCUCGUCGACUGUCCGCGCGGCUUACGCUUUUAACAACCCUCUGAGGUUGCUCUCAGCGCCGGAUGCUGCGCAGUCGACCCUAACGAAGAGCCCAGUCACCCUCACUGGAGACGGCUCUUUGGUCCUCGACACUGUCAAGCGUGGCGAGGACGACGAGGAUGUCACUCGUGGUGACCUCCCCAAGCGCAAGGGCCGCAAUGUCAUCCUGCGCGUAUAUGACAGUCUUGGUGGACAAAGCAAGGGUACCAUUGAGACGACUUGGGACGUCAAGCGCGUCUACAAGUGUAACUUGCUUGAGGAUGACCUCGAGGAGAUCAAGAUCGACGAUGGAAAGUUCAACAUCACCUUGCGACCGUUCGAGAUUGCAUCGUACCGUCUGGAACUGUAG